GGUUCGUGUCUUGGGCAUCAAUCCAUAUCGGUGUUUCCGCCACUGGCUGUCCUCUUGGAAACAAGUACUCCAGCAAAUUGCAUUUUGGAAUAUCCAAGGACGGGAAAGGGCUGGAGAAAGGCAUGCUUGAGGUUACAGAUGCGCAACGAGAUUUGGAUUGAACAGAGCCUGGAAAGACGCGGAAGCUCGAUCACGACAAUACGCCAGACCUCCGGUAGUAGGCUGAAGCUUGACCAUCUUGUCUCGCAACUUUAUAAAGCGGUUGACGAUAAUGGUGGUUAGCUCGCUGCAACAGCCGGGGAAGUCGGCGGGGCACAGACGGUGGAGCUAGGGCCGAGGAUAUCGAUCUCCACGCACCGAGCUACCCCAGCUUUCGCUAUCUACCCCGGCUGCAUCAGCCAAUAUGCCGCUGUCCAUUCGGAAAUCUGAAUACUAUUUCUUUCUUGUGGAAUUGUUUGUAGGAGACUAGCACACCAUGUCUGACAUCAAGAAUUUCGAUCGCAUGUUCCGCCUUGACGGCAAGGUUGCGCUGGUAACAGGCGGAUCGAGAGGACUGGGCCUUCACACCGCAACAGCGUUUCUGCUCGCGGGCGCGAAGAAAGUCUUUAUCUCGGCACGCAAGAACGAAGGAGAGCAAGGCAUCGAUCAAGCCGUCGAGAAGCUCAACAAGCUGCCUGUCUCCGGCAAGGCGGUCGGCAUUGCGGCGAAUGUUGCCGAUACAGACGAUAUUUCGCGGCUGGUGAAGGAGGUGCAGAAGACAGAUGACAAGCUGGACAUACUGGUCUGCAAUGCAGGUGCGACGUGGGGAGGCCCGUUCGACCCGACACCAGAUUGGGGAAGCAAGAAGGUGCUGGACCUAAAUGUCCGUGGCGUCUUCAAUCUGGCGAGACUAUUCGCACCGCUGCUUGAGAAGGCAGGCACGCGCACAGACCCAUCCCGCAUCAUUAUCGUCUCGUCGACGGCCGGUACCACUGUCCCUCACGUCGGCGAACACGGCACAAUCAUGUACAGUGUUUCCAAGGCCGCUGCACAUCACUUGUCGCGCCAACUGGCGGUGGAGCUCGGCCCGCGCAACAUCACAACCAACACAGUAGCUCCUGGCUUCUUCCCGUCGAAGCUCGCCAAUGGCUUGAUUGAAAACCUGGGAGGACAAAAGUCGCUCGAGGACCACAACCCGCGGAAACGAUUGGGAGAGCCCGAGGAUAUCGCUGGUGUCAUGGUGUACCUGGCCUCGCCUGCCGCUUCGUACGUGAAUGGAGAGGACAUCGCGGUUGAUGGCGGCGUGCGAUAUGCCGCGGGCAGGCAAUCGAAACUGUAG